AUGCCCAAACUCCCCACAAUCGAAAAAAUUGUUCUUGUGGGACUUAUCCCUGAUCCCCAAAGAGCCCAAAACCAACGAAUUAAUAACUGCCUUGAGCCAAUAGUAGAUGAAUUGAUACAGCCCUAUCAUGGAGUAAGGAUUCCAACGUUCGAGUUUCCUGCUGCAGAGGUAUUUUGUGCUGAAUUGAUAAUGGUCUCUUGCGACAAUCCAGCUUCAAGAAAGUCUAGUGGAUUUACCGCACACAAUAGCACAUGUGUAUGCUUUAAAUGCAACCGUCAUUUCACUCCCCUUGACAGCACGAACAAGAUUGAUUUCCAUGGGUUCAAAAAGUCUGAGUGGGUUCACCGUAGCUGUGGGAAGAAUAGGCUGCAUGGCGAGGAGUUGAAUAACACAGUUACCCUCUCGGAAAGGAAGCAUCUGUAG